AGUGGGCGUGGCUUUGGGAGAAGGGGGCAUGGCCUGGGAACAUCAAUGUUCCAGGAUGGGGCGUGGCUUGAGGAAGGGGGCGUGGUAUGACCCUUUAUAAGGGUCCGGGGGGGCUGCGGGGGGCUCAGAGUGCACUGAGCUCUGGAGGAGGAGGAUCCCCUCCUCGCUCCCCCCCGAGCAACUGGGACCCCAGAAUCGCAUCCUGCUCCCACCGCUCCUCAUGGCUGCACUGCUGCUUGGAGCCAUCCUCACCCUCCUGAGCGCCCCAUGGGGCACUGUGUCCCUCGUCAUCGAGUCCUGGCGGUUGGAUGAGGCCGAAGGCUCCGGGGGUGGCUGCCAGGACCCCUGCGCCUCUCCCUGCACCAGUGGGGGCUCCUGCAUGGGUCCUGGCUGUGCCCCCCCUGGUGCUGCGGUGCCACCGGCAACGACUCCAUCUGUGUCCCUGCUGUCCCCGGCGGUCGCUCUGAAGGCCACGGUGGUGGCACCGGUGGCUCUGGAAGUAUUGAUGGCACCAGCGGUGACACCACAACCACCGUCAGUGGCCCUGGUGGCACCGAUGGCCCCGGUGAUGGCCCCGGAAGCACCGUUGGUGGCUCUGGUGGCACCCAUGGCCCCGGUGGUGGCACCCGAAGCACUGUCGGCGGCCCUGGUGGCACCAAUGGCCCCAGUGGUGGCACCGAUGGUACCAAUGGCCCCCGUGGUGGCGCCAGAACCACCGUCGUCGGCCCUGGUGGCCCCAAUGGCCCCUGUGGUGGCCCCAGAAGCCCCUUUGGUGUCUCCAGUGGCCCCGUCGGUGGCGUUGGAGGCUGCGGCAAUGUCCCCGUCGGUGUCCCCGUGCGCGUUGGGUCCCUGUUUCAACGGGGGUUGGUGUGUCCCAACCUCCAGCACCGGCUACACCUGUCGCUGCCGCCAUGGCUACCGCGGCUCCAACUGCGAGCGCCGCGCCGACCGCUGCCACCACGGCCUCUGCCUGCACGGCGGCCAUUGCCAGGACCUGGGCCGGGGUCCCCUUUGCAAAUGCCGCCCGGGUUUUGUGGGCCGUCGCUGCGAGAUCAACACCGACGACUGUUCUCCCAAUCCUUGUGCCAAUGGUGGCACCUGCCAAGAUGGCGCCAACGCCUUCACCUGCUCAUGUACCCUCGGCUACGCCGGUCCCACGUGCCGCCAUCGCGCUGAUGCCUGUGCCUCGCGCCCGUGCCUCCACGGCGGCACCUGUUUCACCCACAUCUCGGGCCUCGUCUGCGCCUGCGCCCCCGGAUUCAUGGGCGCCCGUUGUGAGGAGGAAGUGGGGGGCACCCCCAGACCGCCCCGUGCACCCCCUUUUGCCGUUGCUGCUCUGCUGCCUCUCGCCCUUGUGGCGCCCACUGUCGCCCUCGCCGUGGCCGCCCGGCGCCUGCGCAGCAGCCGCUCCACGCGCAGUGUAGGGACCCCGGUCAAGAGCCCCCCCGGGGGAGAGCAGCCGCCCCGCGCGACCCGAGUGUGACCGGCGCUGAUGGAGCCCCUUUGGGGGGGUGGGGUGUCAGGAUUGAUACCAUUAAAGCU